AUGUUUGGCACAUACCCCGCCUUGGCAAACCUGCCAACCGCUGCCAAGAUCGACCCGAAGGAUGUGCCCUCUCCAACGCCCGUCACCCUCCCGCAAAGCCGACCCCAGCUGCAUGCCCCCUCUGCCCCUGCCGGUCAAGCGAAGCCAUUGACUUCGGUCCUACAAAACGUAUAUCGCCCCGGAGACGUCACGUCUACCAUCUUUGAAGCCCUGGGCAUUCAUCUCAUUCCAGACGCCCCUCCCGCAGAUCUCAUUCCGGACACGGCUUACCUGCCAGACUUCGAGGGCUGGGACAAGCUCUCCCCAGAUGAAGCACGCGAGAAGAACGCCGAGACUCGCAAAGUUCUGAAUAACGGUGUCCAGUCUCCCGGCUGUCAGACUUACCUAGACCGUAAGCGAGAGCUGUCCCAUUGCAACGAGGAUGCCUUCCGAACGGUGAGACGUAUCCCCGCGCCCAAGGGUCAGCAACAGGCCCGCCUUGGGAACUCGUACGAGUUCUUCAGAUGUCUUGAGGCCUUCACUACCUACUGGGACGAUUCGUCCAAACCGAUUAAGCCUAUCGAAGAGACAAAGGAGGACAAGCCCGUUGUCGAUGCGGACAAGUCCGAACGGGACAAUCCGCAGACCCCCAACCACUAUCGCGUCACCCGCACCUCAGCCGGUUCGGCGAUGCCUGGCGAGUAUCGCCAGAGUCUUUUGACGGCCUUCCUCAAGCUUGUGGCGUACGACUUUGGUUGCAAUGUCUCAGCUCCCCGAACCGAGCCCCGUUUGCACAUCACGGCCUCACCCGCGCCCGCGCGGUCGCAACCCUCUACGCCACAGGCUGGGCUUCCAGUCCCGAGAACUUCCUAUUUCGCUUCUGGAUGUACUUUCAUCUUCCGGACCCCGAGAACCCGUGACGCUGCUCGCCAGGGUGUGGUGGAGGGUCCCCUGGCAGCCGUCUCUGCCCGCGCAAGCACCUCAUUUGAAAACGAAAACGACCAGGCCAUCGACCUGGCUCGAGAACUGGUGGCUGCUCUUGUCACGGCACAGCACCGUGCGAGAGAGGGCAAAACCGAGAAGCGUUUCGGUGAAGGCGCUUGGUGGACUACAAAGCCUCGUUGGGGAGGUGGCUCCGGAGGUCCCAUCGGCCGUGAGGUUGAGAGAGAUGCAGUUCAGGGUGACAAGGACAACACCGACGCCGAGACGGGUCAGCCCGCCAGCAAGCGACCGCGGAAGAACAUGUCCAUCUACGACAACUACCGUAUGGUCCGCCCGCCCUCGGCCAGCUGGGACCGCAAGACUCGCUAUGAGGCCAUUGGCAAGGUAAAAGGAGCUGGCUACGACGACGUCUAUGUCAUUAGCUCCUUGUUCCAUCACGUCAGUGUACUGCGCGUGCGUGUGCCGGAGCGUCUUCUAGAGGUGCUCGAAGGCGCGGGGGAGGAUGACGUCCACCGCAGUUGGGGCCAGGUCGAGGUGCGCCGCAGUCCUUGGUACGACUUCUUCGUCCUUGAGCAGCGCCUCGAGGCCAUGAAGCUGGUGUGGUCUUUGAUGACCUGGCUCAUGAGAAAGGAGGAGACACCGGCCGAGAAACCGGAGGAGGACGUCAAGAUGGCUGAUGCAUGA